UGCAAAUCAAGUCCAAACUCGAGAGAUUCUGCCACUGAGUCUUGAAUCUGGGGGAGCACAUUUUAAUUUGUCGCUUAGGUUUUCUGAAAUCCAACUUUGGCAGUUAGGGUUUGUGUUGUGGAGCUGUAUGCAGGGGCGGAACUGCCGCCAGUCAGUUUCACCAGCCAUUUCCUCAUCCCUCGACGUCCGAUACAAUUUGUGUCAGUUUCAGCGGCAACAACUUAACCGGGAACUAAGUUAUUGUGUCCGCUCUUGCUCUCUGCGCCGCUUCUAAUCGGUUUAGACGAAGAUAUGGAGGAAAAGGAAGAAGACUUCCAUCCUGUACAAGACGCAGAGCAGCAGGACGAUGUUGAUGCAAAGCCAGAUAGAUCAUCAAGAUUUCUACCUUUCGGCAAGAAAAAAACAAAAGAUGAACAAGGGCAGGAUCCUGAAAUAUCUGAUCGUCACACACGGAUUAUAGCACCCCCAUUCCUGUAUAAUAUGAACUUCAAAAAACUAGGAAAAUGCAUUAUUAUUAAUAAUAAGAAUUUCGAUGAUGUAACAGAAAUGAAUGUGCGUAACGGCACAGACAUUGAUGCUGGAAAUCUGCUCAGGUGUUUUAACUCUCUGGGUUUCCACGUUGACGUUUUAAAUGAUCAGACUUGUUAUCAGAUGAAGAACAAACUGCAAGAUGUUUCUCAGGAAAACCACAGCAACAGUGCAUGUUUUGCCUGCAUCCUUUUAAGCCAUGGCGACGAAGGCAAGAUCUAUGGCACCGAUGGAGCAAUGCCCAUAAAGACACUCACUUCUCUCUUCCGAGGUGAUGUGUGCAAGACCCUUGUGGGGAAACCAAAACUCUUUUUCAUUCAGGCUUGUAGAGGUUCCGAAUUUGAUCAAGGAGUACAGACCGACUCGGGAUCUACUGGUGAAGUAGAAACUGAUGCAAAUCCUCGAUAUAAAAUCCCAGUGGAAGCAGACUUCUUGUAUGCCUAUUCCACUGUACCAGGCUACUACUCAUGGAGAAAUCCAGGCAAGGGCUCUUGGUUUGCACAGGCCCUGUGCAAUGCUUUCAAAGAAUAUGGGAAGGAUUUUGAGAUCAUGCAAAUUUUAACCAGAGUCAACUACAUGGUGGCCAUGCACUUUGAGUCUUGGUCUGAAGACCCACGGUUCAGUGAGAAGAAGCAGAUCCCCUGCAUUGUCUCCAUGCUGACAAAAGAACUUUAUUUUAAGCAGAAAUGAAGCACAACGUUUCCAUUAAUAUUUCAGGGAAAUUUUGAAUUGUAAAGUUUAAGUUGCUUAUUAGGUCUUUCUUUUGAGUGAAAAUUUAAUACUAAGUUGAAGAUAACUGCAGGAUUCAGGAAAACCGUUUGCUAUCUCUGUGAUUAAUCAGUUAUAUUUUUUUCUCUCUCUUGUAUAUCAUACUUUGGGGCAUAUGCUGAUGAGCUCUUUUCUCUGAUAUUGUCUGGAUCACUUCACACUGGAGUUUAUAAAUGACCACUUCGUAUACUGAAAAAUGCAAACGUAUGACUGAUGUGAAUUUGUGUCCCAAAUCUGUUAGACUUCUUGCUUAAAGAUCCAUUUACAAAACUAGUUUAUACAAAGUCUUGAGGCGUGAAUUUCAGUACAGCUUGUAUGAUGGGCUGUGAAUUUUAAACUUUUAGAAAUAUAUUUCAAUCAAAUACA